UUGCAUUAUACAAACGACUUUUACUUAUUCUAGCCCAAUUGACAUUUCGUCAUGUCAGUAACCAACCAUGAAAUGUACCAAAAUUAUGCAAAACUAACGUUCAAAUUCAGCCAAUUUCGACUAGGUUUUGUGUAACUGAUCACUGCAUUUAUAAAUUUCAUAAUAAUAAAAAUCGGUUUUAAUCUCAAAAGUAAACCUUUUGCUUAUUGACGUUUUAUAUUAUGGCGUCUCCAUCUCCUAAAUCACCAGAACAAAGCGAGAAGAAUAAACAGUACGACCGGCAACUUCGUUUGUGGGGUGAUCACGGACAAAGUGCUCUUGAAAGCGGACACAUAUGUUUAAUUAAUGCUACUGCCUUGGGUACUGAAAUAUUGAAAUCGAUAGUUCUUCCAGGAAUUGGUGCAAUUACUAUAGUUGAUGAUUGCACAGUUAGUGAUGAAGAUAUAGGCAGUAAUUUCUUUUUGGAAAUGUCUAGCAAAGGUCUUAACAGAGGAUCCGAAGCGUUAAGGCUUGUUUUAGAAUUAAAUCCAGCAGUACAAGGUCAUGCAGUCCAAGAACCACCUGACCAGAUACUUGAUGAGAACCCAGACUUUUUUAAAUCAUUCAGUUUAGUGAUAGCUACUACAAUAAGUGAAAAAGUAACGCAAAGUUUAUCUCAACACCUGUGGGAUAUAAAUGUUCCUUUUAUACUUUGCCAAUCAGUUGGAUUCUUAGGGUCUUUAAGAAUUCAGAUUCGGGAACAUGCUGUUACUGAAACUCAUCCUGAUAAUGAACAAACAGAUCUGCGCCUAGAUGAACCAUUUAUGUCAUUGUUAGAACAUCUGGAAAGUAUUGAUAUUGAUGCUCUUGAUUUGAAAGAUCAUGGUCACAUUCCUUGGAUUAUAAUUCUUUAUAAAGCUGUUCAAAAGUGGAAAAUUAACAAUAACAAUAAAUGGCCUGUAACGCGAAAUGAUAAAGAAGAUAUAAAAAAUAUAAUAAGGGAUUUCAUUAGAAAAGAUGAAAAUGGAAUACCAAUUAAUGAAGAGAAUUUUGAGGAAGCAAUAAGAGCUGUUAACACUGCUUUGAUGCCUACAUUUUUGCCUAAGAAUAUCUCAAAACUUAUGUAUAAUAGUGCUGCCACAAAUUUAACUAAGGAUAGUUCAUCAUUUUGGAUUAUGUGCUCUGCCUUAAGAGCAUUUGUUGAGGCUGAAGGGAAGGGAAAACUUCCAGUGAAAGGAAUCUUACCUGAUAUGACGGCCUCUACAGAACAUUAUGUAAAACUUCAAAACAUUUACAAGAUGCAAGCUGCAAAUGAUGCAGAAAUAGUCUAUAGAAAAGUUCGACAGAUAGUCACUCAAUUGCAUUGUGAUAGUAUUAGUGAGGCAGAUGUUAAACUAUUCUGCAGACAUGCUCAUGAUUUAUAUUUGGUGAAGGGGUCUUGUGUGGCAACAGAACUUCAACUGGGAAAUUCUGUUGCAUCCUAUAUAGCCACAUAUUUAGAGGAGCCAGAUGUCAUGAUGGUUCACUAUAUUAUGCUUCGGGCAGCUGGUAUGUUUAGAUCAGAGCACUGCCGAGCUCCCGGUGAUUGGGAACCAGAAGGUGACAUUGCUAAGCUAAAAACUUGUGUAAAUAAACUUUUAGGUGAUAUAUCUUGUUCUCCAUUUCCUAAAGAUGAUCAUAUCCACGAAAUGUGUCGCUAUGGGGGAGCCGAGAUACAUAGUGUGUCUGCCUUUUUAGGUGGAUGUGUUGCACAUGAAGCCAUUAAAAUUAUAACCAAGCAAUAUAAACCUGUAAAUAAUACAUUUAUUUAUGAUGGAGCUUCUACAAAUACGGCAACAUUUGAAUUCUAAAUUCUUAUAGCUGCUGGAUACCAUUUUAUUACUAGCAAAUAAAACCAAUAAAUAUUCUAUUGGUUUUACUACCUAUCCCAGUCCAAAAAAAAUACAUUUUCAAAUUGGAGUACCUAUGUUUUUUAAGCUUGUUGAUAAGGUAUAGAUAAAAAAGACAUCAUUUAAAACUUU